AUGUCAAAGUCAAACUCUCAACUCCAAAGCAGAUUUUAUGUUCUUUUGGCAAACCAAUGUGCAGGAUUUUUGAACCUGGCAGCAGAGGUCGCACACUCCCUCUUUUGCAUGUGUUACAAAUUCAAUCUGCAAGUUGAAAAUGCAACUACUCUUUUAUUGCUCGCAGAAAUCCACAAGAGAUCAGGAAAUGCUGUUUUAGGUCUUCCAUAUGCGUUGGCAAGCCUCUCAUUUUGCCAGUCAUUUAACUUGGAUCUUCUCAGAGCAUCAGCCGUACUCACAAUGGCUGAGUUGUGGCUUUCACUUGGAUCAAACCAUGCAAAGAGGGCCUUGUCCCUUAUACAUGGCGUUCUUCCCACAAUUCUUGGUCAUGGAGGUUUGGAGCUCCGUGCCCGUGCCUAUAUUGUGGAAGUAAAGUGCUAUCUUUCUGAUCCAAACUUUUCAGUAUCUGAAAGUCCUGAGGUUGUGCUGGAUCCUCUGACUCAAGCUUCUGAUGAGCUUCAAGUGUUAGAGUAUCACGAGUUGGCGGCUGAAGCUUUCUAUUUAAAGGCGAUUGUAUUUGACAAACUUGGGAGACUGCCGGACAGGGAAGAAGCUGCAACUUCAUUCAAGAAGCACAUAAUGGCUCUCGAAAAUCCACAUGGUGAGGAUUCUCCCACCACUAUGUCGUGA